AUGGCCUCCGCAGUAGCGCCAGUCCACGCUGCCGCUGCAGGAUCAGCAACAGCCACAACAGCAGCUAUCGCCAACCCUGCCGACGCGUCGCCUAGUCGCUUUGCACGCAUGUUCCGCAGAAAGUCCUUCUCGGGUCCAAUCAAGGUGACCAUCACGCCUGAUCUCGUGUCACAUCCCGUACCUGUGCUUCAAGGCUCGAGCUCUAUGGUCGAUGUCAAGUCGCGGCCUACUACCGUCGUCCCUGCUGACCGCAAAGACGCAUCAGGAGCAGCCAAGGUCACGGAUCGUGGACACAGCAAGAUUUCGACGUUCGCUUUCCCGUCGCUCCCUGAUGAGAUCUCUCCGCGAGACCCGUCCAUCGCAGAUCGUUCCAACGCAAGAAAAGGCCGUCAUUCUACCGCUCGGUCCGUACCUGUUGCAUCGUUGCCCAUCUCGGAUCCGAUCCCGCUUGCCACUUCUCAAGUCGCCAAACCAGACGAUCCCGUAGCUCCACAACGCCGGCGCCGUCUGAGCCUGAACCUGGGCGAGAGGAGGAGGAGCAGGAGCUUCUCUAUGAUCAGUUCCAUCUUUGGCGGCGGCUCUUCUCAUCCAGAAUCUUCCCAACCCGCGCCACCCCUUCCUGAGAUGGCUGCGUCCCUCAGCAAGUUGUUCCCGACUCCAGGAGCGCCCACCAGCGAGUCAAAGGGAGCGACGUCCACGAGUCCCUCUCGCAGACCCUCGUUGCGGUCUCGUUUUGGCAAGACACGAAACGCUGCCCCGCGUCCCAGCACGCCCGAAAUCGAAAGCUGGAAGCCGAUCAUGGAAGCCUCCGCUCUCGAUGACACGUCGGCUGCCGACGUCAGCCACAUCUCGCGAGCCAGCGCUGACAAUCUGGUCCGACGGAGAAACUCCGAGUCGCCUGUCAAGACAUCGCGUUCGGCAAGCGCUGUCAGGCGCAAGCCCGCUCCCGAAGUCAAGCAAGACGAGAUUGACAGCAGCUCCAGCACUCCGGUUUACGGCAAGACCUACUGCACUCUCGAGGUGGAUGACUCGCCCCGAGGUGGCAGUCCUGCGUCAUCGUACCGUGCCCGUAACGCGUCGCAGACGGGAUCGGACAGCGAGCCUGACAUGGUCAAAGAGAUCCUUGCCGAUAGUCAAUCCAGCACGUCGCCCGACGCACCUACCGGACGCAGGCAGAGCGAUCCGGGCCAGAUCGUCGGGCUCGGCCUCGUUGGCGCUCGCACCGGAAGCAUAGAUGCUUCUAUCCCGAGCAAUCAUGCUCGUCGAGGUGCCGGCACUCAACCUCGAGCUGCUCCAUCCAAGUCUGUGACCGCCAAGCAGAAGCUCGCAUCCACCUCUUCCCCUUUGAUUGGCGGAGCUCGCCGAUCUCCCGGCACUCACAGUAUCGCAGACAUUGCGGAUCGUCCUUGGUCUUUGAUCAGUGCCGGCGAGGCUGACACACCGAUCCUCAAGCUGCGCGAACUGUUCGUCAACACGAAUGCUUCCGAAAAGGGCAGCGACGAGGAUCACAAUCACCAUGGUCUCUUCUUCCGCCCUCUCACUGGAGCCGACAAGCAAGCGAAUGUCGAUACCGAAGCGAUUGCCGCCGACAAGCUCGAAGCCACAUCUGAAGCGGGCUCAGAGCACCUGGAGUCGAGCUCGCAGACCACCACGCACUCCGACACCAAGCACGAGAUGACGUCGUCUCGCUCUUCCAGGUCCAGCGCGACCCACGCUGCUCGUGCUCUGGCAGCACAGCAUAAGGCGAUCGACUUGUCGGCCAUCUCGGAUGCUCCCUCGGAGGCCUCUCCAGCGAGCACCAUUCGCGCGCGCCACGUUUCCCCGACGCUCGGCCAGCUGUUCGAUCAGCCCGGUAGGGAUGCUGACCGUGACGCUGAUUCGGUCGGUCCGCUGCCUACGCGUGGUCGUCAGCAUCGUCUUGAAGGCUCCACCGGCUCGACCUACAGCCAACUGACACCGCGACAGGCGCAACGAGCGAGCACAGCAUCGCGGAUGACGGCUCGCAGCAGCGGUCAUUGGAGCGAGAGCCGCUUUUCUGAGGAUGCCUCGAGCGUCUUGGAGGCCGAAGUGGGUCAGGCCAGACGAACCGAGGUGAUCGCCCUUGGCAAGGGCCGAGUCCAGGACUGGGUCGGCGAUGGCUUUGCUCGGCGAAUGAUCCCAACUGCCGAGGCUCCUACCUUGUCUCGCAGCAACACGCUGCCCAAGAAGCUUGCUGCUACUCGGGUCGACGGCAGAGAAACGCAGCGACAGCAGAAGCUCAAUGACCAGCUCAGCCGCAAACUGCAGCAGCUGUCGGAUGCGCAGGUCGAGACGCACUCAGCUCCCGAGCCGAUGGUGGACCAUUCCGUCCGAGUCGGUGAUUCACGAGCCGCCAGUCUGGCAAAGCUUCAAGCGCCCUCAGCUCCCGUCAAGACGGAGAGCGCGGAUCACUUUGCAUCCAGGUUGAUCCGCUCUCUGUCGAGCCGCUCUGCGAGACUCUCUGCAUUCCACGACCGCCAGUCGACGGGGCCUGCAGAGCAGCCUAUCAUGGCAAGCAGUGUCCCCGCUGCGGUCUCGCCUUCUCCGUCGUUUGUGCCUCUGCUUAGUGCGCUGAACCUGACACCUCCGAAGGAGGCAGCGCCAGCUCGACCCGUUGACAGCAAAGAAGAGGAAAGCGCUAAGAAGGAGAGCAAGUCGCAGCGGACGCCACGCUCGUACGCGACUUCCGACGAAGCAGCUCGAGCCAAACAGCACGAGCUGCUCAAGAAGGAACAGCGACUGGCCGAAAAGGAACGCCGACGCCAAGCAGAGAUGCAGGACAAGUACGCCAAGAAGAAGCAGAGCGACCCGCUGCUUGCCGCACGACUGGCACUGAUGGGUCUUGAGCCUGCUGAAGCGAUCCCUCAAGUCCAGACGACCAGUGAAGCAAUGCUGCCAACAUCGGUCUCGAAGACGUCGGUCUCGAGGACAAAGUUGGCGCGUCCUCCUGUUCCCGAGAGGCGAGUCUCGUCGCAGUCUCGCGCUCAUCUCUCGGUUGCUCCUCCGGCUCUGAUGCGCAACGACUGGGACAAUGUGAGCGUCACCUCGUUCCACACGGCCAUCGACGCUACCGUCCCCGACCCAGCUCAGCAGGAGGAGGGUACGGAUGAGGGCCGCACCGAGCGAGCGGAUCGGUCUAGCAGCCUGGAGUCAUCGCUAGCUGAAGACUUUGACUUUCCUGCACCUCCGCAGCGGAUCAAGGAACAGGCCUCUGACGACGACACGCUGCUCGGUCAUGCGGGAUCGCCCAAGUCACGUCGACAGGAUGGCAUGAGCGCAUCGUCGACGAUGCCAGCACUGAGCUCGCUCUUGGCCGCGCAGUCGAUGCCGCUGCGAAGAUCGCGUUCGACCGAGUACAGCAGCCGCGAUCUGCGCAAGCUGGCGCGCGAACAGAUGAUGCAGGAGGUUAUUGCGCACCCGAGUCCCAAGAGCUUGCGUCGACAGCUGCAAGGGAGCCCGCCUCGAGGGCUGGGCAUUGAGUUGGCGGCGGAUUCGAAGCGGUACUCGAGCGGCACAGCUACGCCUACUGGCAUGGUGGCUGCUCCUAUGCACGCGAUCGCUGCCUAG